AUCACACUCACACUAGCUAGUAGAGUUCCCUCUUAUACUUCUUUUUUCUUUCAUGUGCUUCUUCUCUCUAAAACCUAAAACCCAAAACACACGCACAAAAAAUAUUAAGAUGGCAUGCCAAGAUUGGCCAGAGCCAGUGGUUCGAGUCCAAGCCUUAGCUGAAAGUGGCUUAAGUUCAAUCCCUGAACGUUUCAUCAAGCCUAUGUCACAAAGAUCUCCAAACCAAGGUUCCAACACUGAGAACAUCAAUAUCCCAGUCAUUGAUCUUCAACACCUUUAUGGUGAGGACCAGAGGCUUAGAGAGGAGACACUCAAGCUUGUUUCUGAGGCUUGUAGAGAAUGGGGGUUCUUUCAGGUGCUGAACCAUGGUGUUAGCCAUGAUUUGAUGAAGCGUGCGAGGGAGGUUUGGCGUGAGUUUUUUCACCAACCAGUUGAGGUAAAGGAGAAGUAUGCUAAUUCACCAAUUACUUAUGAGGGUUAUGGAAGUCGUUUGGGCGUGAAAAAAGGUGCCAUUUUGGAUUGGAGUGACUAUUUCUUUCUCCAUUACAUGCCAUGUUCUCUUAGGAACCAAGAAAAGUGGCCUUCCCUUCCAACAUCUUUGAGGGAUGUGAUUGCUGAAUAUGGUGAGCAAGUUGUUAAACUAGGAGGAAGGGUACUUCAAUUAUUGUCAAUAAAUCUUGGCCUAAGAGAGGAUUUCCUUCUAAAUGAAUUUGGUGGAGAAAAUGAUGUUGGUGCUUGCUUAAGGGUGAAUUUCUAUCCAAAGUGCCCUCAACCUGAUCUCACUCUUGGCCUCUCCUCUCAUUCAGACCCUGGUGGCAUGACCAUUCUUCUCCCUGAUGAUUAUGUUUCUGGACUUCAAGUACGCAGGGGAGAAGAUUGGAUCACUGUUAAGCCUGUCCCAAAUGCUUUCAUUAUCAACAUUGGAGACCAAAUUCAGGUGCUGAGUAAUGCAAUAUACAAGAGUAUAGAACACAGGGUGAUUGUGAAUUCAAACAAAGAUCGAGUUUCAUUGGCUUUCUUUUAUAACCCCAGGAGUGAUUUACUUAUUAAACCUGCUAAGGAGCUUGUGACUAAGGAUAGACCAGCACUCUACCCACCAAUGACAUUUGAUGAAUACAGACUUUAUAUUAGGACAAAAGGACCCAGUGGAAAAGCUCAAGUUGAAUCUUUGACUCCCCAAACGUGAUUAAUUCCACUUGUGUCAUUUGCAAUGGACACUUGAUCACUCUUCAUGAAAUAUAUUUACAAUUAUUGGAAUGUUAAUUAAAGCUCUUCAUCUUUUUUCUCUUUUUUUUGGUGCAAUAGUUGAAGUUUAGAAAAAAGAAAAAAAAGAAGCUUGACUCACAUGUCAGACUUCCCCUUUUAUGUAUUUUCUUAUCUCAAAAUGAGUUAUUGCCUCAGUCAAUUCAAGAAAGAAAAUGAAUAAUGGGGAGUGGUAGGGUUGUAACUUUCUAUCUAGUUGCCCUAGUGGGAUGCUAACUAAAGCUCACCGCAGCUUAUGC